AUAAAUCACCCUCUCUCUCUUUCUUCAAACAAACAUACCGCCCACCUCUCUCUCUCUCUCUCUCUCUCUCUCUCUCUCUCUCUCAACACCCUCAUGUUCAUCAUGGAGAUGAUGAAGAAACAAACAUACGUUGCAAACACAGCUUCAUCAGCUCUAGCUAUCCACAGAGACUCACAAGUAAUAUCGAAAGCGAAGCCAAAGGUUCGAAUAAUUCACAUAGUUGCGCCAGAAAUCAUCAAGACGGACGCCGCGAAUUUCCGGGAAUUGGUGCAAAGGCUCACCGGAAAGCCAACAGAAGAUGACACGAAGAAGAAACAGAGGAUUCCAAGAAAAGAACUCCCAGGAGGGAAAAUCGAAAUGCGAUCCAGGUUUCGGUCUAUGGAGUUCAGAGAGAGAAUCAAGGGGGAAGAAGAGAUUAUGUGGGGAGGCGAAAAUCAAAGUACCGGUGGAUUUCUAAAUGGGUUCGGUGAUUUGGACGGGUUCAUGAAAGAGCUGAAUGAAUUUCCUCUGUUUCCUUCGGAUUCUAACUCUCACACGGAUACACUUGGAGGGACACAACUUGCCUAGUUGAAUAAUUGUAGUAAUUUUUCUUGACUGCUUGAUUAACUAUUCAAUUAUUUAUUUAUUUAUUUAUUUAUUUAUCUGGUUUUGUGGAACUGUUUAACUGAAUUCUCUAUCUUAUUUAGUUAUCUCGUUCUUUCGUUAA